GCCACCAGACGAACAGACUCUCUUCUCGGUAUCUCUUAGCAUUUGGUACCCAGGAACUCAUCCCCGGUAGACAGUAUCUCACCAUGAGUCACUCAGGCAUGAGGAGCGCAUCUACCUCUUACCGUCGUACUUUUGGGGCUCCACUCAUGUCCCCGGUAUCUUAUUCCUCCUCUUCAAGGCUCUCAACUUCCAGGCACCUGGGGAGCCCAUCCCCGGGCCCCAGCAGCCGGACCUCAUCAUCAGCUUACAGGAUGAGGUCCAGCACCCCGGUGCGUGUGACCUUGGACAGAGUGGACUUCUCCGUGGCUGAGGCUCUGAACCAGGAGUUCCUGACCACUCGCAGCAACGAGAAAGCGGAGAUGCAAGAACUGAACGACCGCUUCGCCAGCUUCAUAGAGAAGGUGCGCUACCUGGAGCAGCAGAAUGCGGUGCUGGUGACCGAAAUCAACCAAGCAAGAUCCAAGGAGCCCACCCGGGCAGCAGAUCUGUGCCAACACGAGCUGAGGGAGCUUCGCAGGCAAUUGGAACUUCUGGGCAAGGAGAAGGACAACAUCCAAGUGGAGAGAGAUAACUUAGCCGAGGACCUCUCAUUUCUGAAGCAGAGGCUAGAUGAAGAAACUCACAAGAGGGAAGAUGCAGAGAAUAAUCUUGUUUUGUUCCGAAAAGAUGUGGAUGAUGCCACAUUGCACCGUCUGGAAUUAGAGAGAAAGAUAGAGUCCCUGAUGGACGAGAUAGAAUUUCUAAAGAAACUUCAUGACGAGGAGCUCCAGGAUGUACAAGUGACCGUGCAGUCUCAGCCACUACACAUGGAGAUUGAAGCAACAAAGCAGCCCGACCUGACAUCCGCGCUGAGAGAAAUUCGCGUCCAGUAUGAGAACAUCGCAUCGAAGAACCUGCAAGAGUCUGAGGAUUGGUACAAGUCCAAGUUUGCUGACCUAUCAGAUGCUGCUAGUCGAAAUAAUGAGGCUUUGCGCCAAGCCAAACAGGAGAUGAAUGAAUCACGUCGUCAGAUCCAGAGCCUGAAGUGUGAGCUUGACGGACUGACAGGAACAAAUGAAGGUCUGAUCCGCCAAAUAAAGAAUAUGGAAGAACAAUUUGGGGUGGAAGCAUCUAAUUACCAAGAUACAAUUGCGCGUCUUGAGCAGGACGUACAGCAUAUGAAGGAAGAAAUGGCUCGUCAUCUAAGGGAAUACCAAGACCUACUUAAUGUAAAGAUGGCUUUGGAUAUUGAGAUUGCAACAUAUAGGAAACUGCUGGAGGGAGAGGAAAGCAGGAUUUCGGUUCCUAUUCACUCACUGACAUCUCUCAGUAUGAAGAACCCAGUGUACCAAGCAGCUCCUGAGCCUGAGCAUAGCUCUGAGGUUCACACCAGGAAAACAGUCGUGAUUAAAACUAUUGAGACUCGUGAUGGAGAGCAGGUUGUCACCGAGUCCAGGAAGGAGCAGUCAGCGGAAGGGGAGAAAUGAUGUUCCACUAAGGAUUUGGAAAGACCUGGUGCCCUUAUCAAACUUCUAAUAACCAAACCCUAGAGAAAGUGGAGCAGCAUCUCUUAUGAAAUUCAUCCACAGUGCCUCUUCGAGUGGGUCCCCUUACUGUAACCCAACUGUUAGGUGAUAUAUCUCAGAUAGUGAUUAUUAUUGACGUUAUCCAUAAGGGCCAAUUCUUAUUUUAAUGGUGAAUGUGCCACAUUUUCAUGAAUAUAGCUAUUUAAGCAUAAACCAUUAUUUUAUGUUAUUCUAAUGCUUAAUUGCAUUAGAACUUUUAAAAAGGUUUGUUCUUCUAUUUCCAUACUCCACACAACAAUCAACUUGUGACAAAUGAGAAUACUCUAUGCCUUAACAAAUAUACAAAAAUCCUUUGUGAUUAAAGAAUUUAUAAGUGAAAACACACAACACGUAUGAAAACACCUGAAACCUGAAUGUGAGCAUUUGCUUACUUUUGUCAUUUGUUAACAAGUAUCAGAUAAAUUUGCUGUUAAAUAGAGCACCUUAAUUUUUUUUUUUUUUUUUUUACAUAUAUUAGCGUAUAAUUACUUCUUCGUAUAACAAGUUGGGUCAUUUCCUCUAACAACAUUUAACGGAAUAAAAUUGUUAGCAGUGACCUAUCUGAAAAGCUUUGUUAAGGAGGACACCCCAUAUAUGUAUCCGGCUUUUGAUCAAAAAGCCUGUGUCUUGAAUAAUGUUAUUGAAUAUGUGAAAUUAGUGUUCCUAUAAUAGGGAGAAGAUAAACAUGAUUUUGCUCAAUAUAUUAGCAAGAGACAUGUUAACAAACUCUUUGUAUAUGCUUGGUAAUAGAAUAUUACGUAGGUCAUGAACAGCUAACUAUGGUCCACUUGUGCACCAGAAAAGAUCUGCCCCUCUUAAGGGUCUCAAGCCUCUAUAUUAGAUUUGCCAGACACACAAGCUGGAAUUAGAGGACCAAGAAGAGUCCAUAUGUCACACAGUAGCAGUAGUACCUUCCUGCAUUCCUUCUCCCUUGACAAACUAACACUAA